UGUAGCAAGUUCCCAAGCAGCUUUACUGCUAUACAAAUAUCAAACAUGUCAGGUGACUCUGCAGAACAAAAUGGGUUCGAAACCAAGGAUUCAGUCUGCAAACUUCUUCAAAGGCACGUCAACUGCCUGUCUGAUGAGAGCAAGAUAACAAGGAAGAGAGGACUUAUCGAUCUGAGGAAGGAAACGAUAGAUCGUCACUUGGGAGGGAUGCUGCUGCAGGAAAUCUCGAUCGAAGUCCUCAAACCGACGCUCAAAUGUUUAGCUGACUCGUCUGAGAAAAAUCGGGAGCUAGCAGCAAAUUUAAUCUCAAAAUACAUUUCUAUUCUCCCGUCUCCCGAGGACACACUCGCUUACGUCAUUCCUACUCUUGCUCAGCGCCUCGGCCAGCAAGAGAUCACUGAACCUUCGGAAGAGCUUCGUCUUCUUGUCCUCCAAGAAAUCCUCUUCCCGUGUGUUGAGCUCAGUGGGAAGAAAAUUGCGGGAUACCUGGAUGAGAUGAUUCAGAUCCUCCAGCAACUGAUUGUUGAUCCUUAUGCGGAAGUGCGGAAGACCUCAUGUAAGUUGGCAGGAUGUCUUGCAAGAUCCAUCCCGGAGUAUUUUCACAUGCAAUCUGAAUCCUUGAUCAAACCACUCAUGCUGUCAAUCACGCAUCAACAUUCAAAGGUUCGAAUUGCAGUAAUCGAAGCAACUGCGGAUGUCAUUCAGUUCGGCAACGGUAAAAAUGUUGAUGAUGUCAUCUCUCAUCUGGCACAAAGAUUUUUUGACCAAUCAGCACAGGUGCGUAUGACAGUAACUCGCAUGAUUGGGCGAUGGUUGUUAGAACUUCCGGAUCGUUAUUCUUUCUUCUACAAGUUCAUUCCUCUUAUAUUGACAAGUUUCAGUGACGAGAUGCCUGACAUAAGAAUUGAAGCGAGAAGGUUAUGGCAUGAAGCUGGUAUGUUGUAUCAAGAGGAAAAUGAAGGCGAUUUGAAAGAUAAACUUGAUUUUGCGCAACCCGCACCUUCUCUCUAUCCUAAAGGAGUUGACCGACCAUGCUUGGGUUGCCGUGAGCUCGUACAUCGUAACUUGAGCAAGCUUACCACGGCAAUUAUCCGCGAUUUAAGCGACUGGGUUCAAGACACGAGAGUGAAAACCUCCCAACUACUUUAUGAGCUUUUACUUCAUGCAGAGGAUUAUAUAACUCAACACAUGCAACCAUUAAUGCAGGCUUUACUCAAAGCAUGUGCUGAUGAUCAAUCUGUAGUUGUACAAAGUGCUUUAAAAUGCUGCAAUUUGAUUGGUGCGUUCGUAAAUCCAGAAAUCUUUUGCAAGUUCCUAAUUCAAGCUGUUCGAAUGCACCAAAUUUCCCCACAACCUAUAAUGAUAAUAGCUGCUGUAAUAGAAGGUUGUUCUGAUGAAGUUUUGGGCGAAAAACUUCUGGAAAUUUUGAGUUUGCUCGUUGACCCCGAAGUUUGUCAAGCAUCGGAAAAGAGUGAAUAUCAUCUUGCUCUCAUCUCCUGUGUUAAUGGGAUCACCAACGUUUGUCAAGAUCGAGUUAGCGACAUCAGUCUUCAACUAUUCACCCUCGUUAUUACAGUAAUUGCUCUCAGCAAUUCCGAAGAUGUUUUAAAACAGUGUGAUGAAUCCUUGUUGAAUAUCUCGGAAUCUCUUGGAAUAUCGGUACAAGAUCUCUAUGUUCGACACACAAGGGAAGUAUUGGACUCCAUGCGAUCAUCAUACAAGGAAUGGACGAUGUAUUCGGUUGAACAAAGAAUAUUUGAUUCACUUAUCUCAAGAGCAGGUCCAGUAGUUGGUGAGGUUCUUGAACAAGUCAUGCCAAUGUUGGAAGUUAAUCUCAACCCACAGAAGGAUCCAGAACUUCGACUUAAGUUUUUCACUUUACUUUCAAAGUUAUUGAUGGAUACAAGGCAAACUUUGGAUUCUAAAAAAGAAUUUUCCUCUGACCAUGCGGAGACCAUAAUAACCAAAAUGAUCGCUCCUAAUCUUAUUUGGAAAGCUGGUCGAACCUCUGCUGCUGUGAGGACAAUCGCUGUUGCCACCUUGUGGGCUCUUCUGAGGAGUGGAUUAGUCCUCCGGGAUGUUGGAUGCAAGUUGUUUGAAGCUCUUCUUCCACAGUUAAAGUCAGCUUUGGAUGAUGAUGUAAAAUCAACGAGACUCACAACAGCAAAAGUCCUAGCAAGGUUUUUGCAUAUUUGCGGAGAUUCUGCUGAAGUAGAUAAAAUACUCCACAAUAUUUACAUGGAGUUACUCAAAAGAUUAGAUGAUGCAAGUGAUGAAAUAAGGAUAGCUGUCACCAAAACAUGGAAGCAAUAUUUUAAGUGCUUCAAUGCUGCUACAUACGACCAGAGUUUAUACCGAGCUCACUUAGAAGCAAUGUAUGGAGGUCUGCUUGUUCAUAUGGAUGAUCCAGAUACUAAUAUUCAGGUUUCUGUAAGAGACGUACUUAAAGAGGGAGGAGUUCUAUCGCCUAAAACGUUGCUUCUUGAAAUAACUAAGGUUCGAAACAAGCACAGGACGUCGGCGUAUUGUGAUCAACUCAUUAAACAUUUCGAAAAUUAAAACGUAACCUGUUGUGCAGCAAAAUGUAUUUUGUAAGUUUUAUUUACCAUCGUUGCUAAAAUUUGCAAUUUGUAAUUUAGAAAAUUUCCUGUUUUGCUGUUAUAAUUUGAAUAUGUAUCACUUUAUGUGCGUUUUUUAUACUGUGGCCUUGUAUACUGUAGUGUGAAAUUUACAACAUGCUUUUUUAACUUUC